AUGUCUCCUUUCUCUGGGAGCCCGCCUCCCCCAACCUCACCCACCUCCCCCAACCUCACCCACCUCCCCCAACCUCACCCACCUCCCCCAACCUCACCCGCCUCCCCCAACCUCAGCCGCCUCACCUACCUGCCUCACCUACCUGCCCCAACCUCACCGUGGGACCGUCUCUCCAAAGAAAACCCCACCCCUCCUGCGGUCCAGCCAUCAAACAUUUUUCCAAUGGCUACUUCCACACCGCAUGUUCCUGCAAUGAACAGAGGUGAACCUACACUUCUCACCAACCCGUCCCUCAGCCCUAACACACUGGAGCUGAGCAAUACUUCCAGAGUGAUAGCAGCAGCUCUGCACCAUGCCAAGCUGGAACCUCCCGUAUUCGCAGCGGACAACAAGACUGUUUUUCUACCCUCGGACAACCAAGAACGCAUUCUGAGAGGACUGUUGGAUCGUAUCCAGGCUCAAGAUGAGCCCCUGCCAACUUUUGUCGCCCAUAUGCUGAAACUGUCUACUCCGUUCAUUUUGGGAAUGGAUUUCAUGACUAGAGCCUCUAUCUCCAUUCAUAUUCCCACAAGAACAGUGUUUGUAGACGAUGCCCCCUGCCCGCUCAUGGAUGAGGAGGACAGUCCAGCGGAUUUCACAGACCUCGAGGAGGUGCUUACCAGACUCCAAUCUGCUGGCCUGUCGCUUAAGCUCAGAAAGUGCCAGUUCUGUCUCGAAGAACUCAAUUUCCUCGGCUACCGCAUCACAUCUUCGGGUAUUAAACCGGACCCGGACAAGAUCAAGGCAGUGACGGAAUUCAACACCCCAACUACCGUGAAACAUGUCCGGCAGUUCCUUGGCCUGACUGGAUACUACCGCCGCUUUAUCCAGGAUUAUGCUCGGCAUGCUGAGCCUCUACAUGCGCUCACAAGAAAGGAUGCGACUUUCCAGUGGGACGACAACUAUCUCUUGCCGGAGCAUGCUGUUAUUGGCAGUUUGGACAUUCGUGCCCUGCCCCUUGUUCUGCUAGCAGAUCGCUCUCAAAUCAGGCAGCUGCAGCUUGAUGACCCGGUCACUGGGCCGUUGUUAAGGGACAUUGAGACAGACUCACAAAACAAUGUGGACAAUGUUAAUCUGCCACAGACAUUGACUCUGUUCCUAUGGACUGCCCCUCCCCUGAGUCCCUCUCUGACCCAGGCCCAGGACAUUACAAUCUCAGACCCAGACGUGACCCCAGAAUAA